GGCCCACCAAAGUUGAACUAACACCACAUUUUACUCAGUCCAAGCCCUGACAACAAAGUUUUCUAUCAACCUAUGGCUGCGACGGUUGACUCCAUGCAAUGUUUUCCUGGUUUAUGCGGGGUGCUUUCAGGGUCUGCUACUGGCCUCGAGAUAGAUGAAAUUGAAGAGGAUGUUGCAGCGGAACAAGAAACUAUAAUUGAGCCCGGCGCUGGUCUGAAAACGGCGAAUACUGGGGUCACAGAUGGCACGGAUGCUGAAUACAAAAGGUUAAUGAAUUCAUGUGUCUCAUUUGCUAUCAGGAUCCGCCUUCUGGGGCCGGAUGAGGAAUUCUUCAGCAAGAGACCACGGGCUGAUGCUCCUUUGGUAAUUGUAGCCUGGAUUAUGAACGCCUGCGACUCCAUUAAUCUUGACGGCACCACAAAGCUGUGUUCCCAGGAACGGGGGACAUAUGGACAUGCUCAGAAAAUGCGAGCCUCAAUGACCUAUGGCUUCGGUAAGCUGAAGGGUCUCGGAAACAUGCCAUGGCAUGAAUCCGAUGUUGGUGCCACCAUGGUUGGCAACCCCUCAAUCUCGGUUGAAGUUUCAUCUUUCAUGUGUUCGCUGCGGAGACGCAAGGUUCAAGCUGGUGAAGUUGCAAACAGUGCUCGUGCUAUAACAUCGGAGAUAUUACUCAAAUUGUACCACCACAACCGCCUUCCUGAGAACUGGACUGUCCAGCCGUAUCAACCUGGCGAGCGAAAACCUGCAGGAGGCUCUCGUACUUCUGACAGCCUGGACAACUGGGGUGGUGGGCGGGUCCGAAGGCUUCUGCAUGCUGCAUAUACAGUGGCAUUCUUAUGUAUGUUGCGGUUUGAUGAGGUCCUCAAGAUACAGGUUCAUGAUCUUCGUGUGGCAAACAAUCAGGUUGUGUUGUACCUCCCCUUUCGCAAGACCCACCAAAAUGGAGGUCUGUGUUCAAUCUGUAUUUAAAUUGCGAGCUGUGAUUGAGAUAUAUGAUUUUAGAUAUUAAACCCUUUCAUCUCU